AAGCGAGAAGACGAGGAAUUGAUUAACAGUAAUAACAAUGUCAAGCAAGCUGAGGAAGGCAAUAGGAGCAGUGAAGGAUCAGACGAGCAUCGGACUUGCCCUGGUAGCCAAAAACAACUCCUCGAAUCUGGAAAUCGCAAUUCUCAAGGCCACAACUCAUGACGCCGUGCCAAUCGAAGAGAAGUAUGUGAACGAGAUUCUCCUCUACAUCUCCUCUUCCAAGCACUACGCAGCUGCUUGUGCGCAGGCCAUCGCUAAGCGCAUUGGCCGCACGCGCAAAUGGAUAGUGGCACUCAAAUCCCUAAUGCUCGUCCUCCGCAUCUUCCAAGACGGAGACCCUCACUUCCCACGCGAAGUCCUCCUUGCCAUGAAACGAGGUGCCAAGAUCCUAAACCUCUCCAGCUUCCGUGACGAUUCUAACUCAAGCCCUUGGGACUUCACCGCCUUCGUUCGCACCUUCGCACUCUAUCUGGAUAAACGUCUCGAGGGCUUCCUUACGGGCAAGCUCCAGCGCAGGGCUGUCUAUAAGGAACAGAACAAUAAACACAGAAACCAUCGCAGGAACGAGUCCGUGUGCGACAUGAAGCCCCCUGUUUUGCUGGAUCGUAUCAACCACUGGCAGUGCUUGCUCGAUCGGGCAAUCGCUACCAGGCCAACCGGUGCCGCCAAAUGCAACCGUCUUGUGCAGAUCUCUCUCUACUCCAUUGUCAGGGAGAGCUUCGAUCUCUACCGUGACAUCUCCGACGGCCUCGCUCUUCUCCUCGAUAGCUUCUUUCACCUCCAAUAUCAAUCCUGUUCCGACGCGUUUCAGUCCUGCGUUAAGGCCUCGAAGCAAUUCGACGAAUUGUGUGGGUUUUACACCUUGUGCAAGAAUAUCGGUGUGGGACGCUCGUCGGAGUAUCCGAGCGUCCAGAAGAUCUCCGAUGAGCUCAUAGACACGCUUAAAGAAUUCCUCAAAGAUCAAGCAUCUUUCCCUACUGGGGCUCCGAGGCCACCGCUCCAGCCUGCCGCCUACUUGCUUCUCCCUUCGCCUUCACCACCACCACCUGACUGCUCUGCAUCGACUUCUGGACGGCUCGAAAAUGUUGACCAACAAUCCGAUGAAGGAUCCGAGACUCACAACCGACGCGCCUCGCUAGAGGACCUGAUCUGCGUGACUGACGCAGUAACAAGCCCAUCCAUCUCCAUGGGUCAACACCAAUUUGAGAAAUUUUCCCAAAUUGAAGAUUUGACGAAUUUGAAUGUGAAUCCGAAUCAAACUGGGACGGCUUCAAUGGAGAUGGACCUAUUAUUCUUCGACGAUGAUGAUGAUCAGCAGACACCGGUGUCUGUAGAAACUGCAGGCCACGGCGGCGGAGGAAGAGAAGGGUGGGAGCUCGUGCUGGCGGAGACUGCGAGUGACAUGUCCAUGCCAUCGUCUUCCCAAGCAGAUUCUGGCUUCGAACCCUCGUUUCUGGAUAGCCUUUACAGCAAUCAGGCCCCAGUAGUCCAGCUCCAACAACCCACCUACAACCCAUUCCUCCAGGACACUAGUGGGAUUGAUGAGACAUCCACCAUUGCCUCUGCACAAACAGCAAUUGUUCCCGUCGUCGUCGUCUCCGAUACAUUUUCUUCCCUCCCAACGUUUCAGGCAACCCCAAAAUUCAGUGCGCAGAAAUCCGAAGACCUCAUGGCAUCAAACUGGAACGUAGAAGAUGAUCCUUUCGCACCAUUUCCUUCUCAAACGGAUCAAAUCUUGGAUACUUCCACCAAUCAACAACAGCAACUGCUACGUGAACAGCAGUUGUGGUUGCAAAACCAAAACGAAAUUAUAGCUAGGCAUGUAAAUAUAACUUGAUUGAAUCCCAGAACCCCAAUAUUAAUUCAUAUUUUUUACAGAAUUCAGAAAAAGAAAAUGGAAAUUCU